GGCUCUGUUUCUGCUGUCUUCCAAAGGGAGCGUCUCCUUUCUUCUUCUUCUUCUUCUUCUUCAAUUUCUAUUUCUCUCAACACGAACUCGGACCGAAUUUGUUUAGUUCGAAUUCAUUUGAUUUGGGGUUUUGUACAUUAGGGUUGGAUUUCAAUGCCUAUGGCGACCGCACCCUUGAGCAAGAUCGAGCGAGCCCACCAGAUGUAUCGCGAGGGGGUCUAUCUCGAAGCCCUUAGGUUUUACACUGAAGCGCUUGCCAUGGCCACGACCUUGCCCCAGAGGAUUUCGCUUCAUAGUAAUAGGGCUGCUUGUCACUUGAAACUUCAUGAUUUUAAGAAGGCAGCAGAAGAAUGCACUUGGGUUCUUGAACUCGAUCACAAUCACACUGGAGCGUUAAUGCUCCGUGCCCAGACUCUUGUCACACUCGAGGAAUAUCAUUCUGCUCUUUUUGAUGUCAACAGACUUGUAGAACUGAACCCAUCAUCAGAAGUUUAUCAGAAUCUUCAAACUCGUCUCAAGACGCAAUUGUCACUUGCUCCAAUACUCGAAUCAGAAGUGGAGCUAGAGGAGGACGAAGACGACUAUGAUGUUCAGUUCAAUGCAUAUGCAGCCAAUGAGGGAAAAGAAAAUGUUGUAGCUCCAUGUAUUGAGCAAGUACAGAAACCUAAGCUCAAUAGCAAUUUGACAAACAAUACCGUUAUCCAGGCAGCUCAGGGCAACGGCGGAGUAUCUAAAGAAGGUGGCAAUCAGAAAGCUGAGGUCAAAAUGAUUAGUAAAAGUGAAGUUGUUGCCCUUCAAACACAGGGCAAGAAGGGCACAACUGACCUAGAUCCUAAGGGCUGGCAAACAAUCCCAAAACCAAAAGGACAUUCAACUUUGGAUUAUGCACGUUGGGAUAGAGUUGAGGAUGAUUCUAGUGAAGAUGAUGAUGAUGAUGAAGAAGAAGAGUCUGGGCCUCAAUUUCGUUUUCGUCUUAGAACAGUUGGCGCUAAAUCCGUGAAAUGAGCUGAAGAUGCAUCAUACAAUCAAAUGUCUUGCUGUCUUGAUAGAAAUAUGACACAAUGAGCAACUCUGACCACUGUGGAUUUGGAAAUUCACAUGUGUAAGAUCAGUAUUGUUGAGACCUUCAUACCUGUUUAACAUGUAUUUGGUUACCAGAAAAAUUAGCACUGCGGAUCUGAUCGACGAGCAAGCUCUGCACGUAAGAUUUAAACAGAUUGGUUCGAAUAACGUGUGCUGCAAAACAUCAAUGUCUAAGUGGUUAUCAGAAAUGGACAAUCCUGUAGGAUUGAUGUCUUGGACAUGGAUGAUAUUUCUGGUAUCUGCUGUUCAAUGCAUGUUUCUGUUUCCUGAGAAAAUGUGGUACAUAUGUUAUCAGCAGCACAUAGGCUUCAAAUUUCAUGAUAUUUGGAAGAACAAAUACUUGAGUGAUGAUAACUGAAUGAAUCAUUCAUUCACUGC